CGGGCCCUAAUAACGUCUUUCCAAAUUUGCCCCUGUAUGAUUCAUGAAUUACCUUAUUGUUCUCCUCACCCGUCUCUUCCCCCAAUCUCUGUCUCUCUCUUGCAAGCACAAGCAGCCAUUGAAGACUCAAUUGCCUGUCUCUAAUCAAGCUAACAAUUAAAGAUCUGCUUCAAAAUUGAAUGCUAACAAAGCAUAAAUAGAGAAAACAAUAUCUACAAUUUCUUCAAUAUGAUGACCCGGUCAUCAUCAGGGCAAAUCAACAUCGCAGCGCGUACGAAGAAACUGGAUGUAGAUAAUCGACUCGCUUUGAAAAUUUACUAUCGUAUCGCAGAUAAUGUCCUCAAACAGGCUGACAUUUUUCGCGCAGAGGGAGACGUCAUAGAUUUGUAUGUCAUGCUUCUUAGAUACUCAAGUUUGGUCUCGGAGACAAUACCAUGCCAUCGAGAUUAUCGAGCAUCACUUCAGAGCAACAAAAUUUAUUUGAAAAAGAGAUUACUAAAUGCCGUGGCUGAGCUUGAGGAAUUGAAGCCAAUAGUUCAACAGAAACUCGAGGAGCUAAACAGGAAAUAUCAAGUGAAUAAGGGGAACAAUCAUCAUCAAAAUAAUCUUUUAGGAUUAUCUGGGGAGUUUUAUCCUGCCUAUAAGCAAAGCUUUAAGGCUUGGGGGAAAAAUAAGGUAUGCAUCAUGUACUUACUACUUCUUAGGUGUCAUUCAAGUUUCUUGUUUGGCUGCCUUGAAUUUGGUUGUAAUGCGUGCAAGUUUGGUUUUAUGGGUUCUAUUUGUCUUUCAUAUUUUCUUGAAAGUUUUUUCUGCUUUUCUAGGUCACUUAGUAUUCCGCGUCCAAAGGAUGAAACUCUGAGCAAACAUUCCAUCUUGGGUCCAAAUGGACUUCGAGGACAGUGGCAACCUCCAGCUAGUAACAGAGGGGUGUCUUAUCCAAGUAAUGUGGACUUCACUCCAAUUUUGAUUCCCAGGGAAAACAGCCUCCUGCAGCCUGUUGAAAAUGAGUGUUCUGAUAAAAAGGAUGAUAUCAGUUCAGAAUGUGGAAAACCAUGUGUGGAAUCAACGUUGCCAGUCAACAGUGACAAGCCAGUGCUGCGUCUUGAUGAACCUGCUUCAUUGAUUUCCUUUGAUACAGAAGAAAGCCCUCUACAAUCAGAAAUCAUUAGACAACCUUCUCCUCCACCCGUUCUUGCUGAGGUACAAGAUUUGAUGCCAACCGCUGCAUGUCCAGUCGAUGAGAUGGAAUGUGGAUUGGUUAAAUCAUCACCUGAUGGUCUAAUCUGUUCUGAAGAUCCCCUGCAAUUGCACAUUUCAGCAUCUGUGAUGGAUACUUUCAUGAAGUUAGCCAAGUCCAAUACUAACAAAAAUCUUGAAACCUGUGGUGUUCUUGCUGGAUCACUUAAAAACCGAAGAUUUUAUGUCACAGCUCUAAUCAUUCCCAAGCAGGAAUCGACAUCAGAUUCGUGUCAAACUACAAAUGAGGAGGAAAUAUUUGAAGUUCAAGAUAAGCAAUCAUUGUUUCCUCUUGGGUGGAUUCAUACACAUCCAACGCAAUCAUGUUUCAUGUCAUCCAUUGAUGUUCACACCCAAUAUUCAUAUCAGAUCAUGUUGCCUGAAGCUAUUGCAAUUGUAAUGGCCCCAAGAGAUAGUUCAAGAAAACAUGGAAUAUUCCGAUUGACAAAUCCGGGUGGUAUGACAGUUAUCCGACAAUGUCCAAGGCGUGGUUUUCAUCCACAUGACCCCCCUCCUGAUGGUAGCCCAAUUUACAAGCAUUGUACAGAUGUCUAUAUGGAUUCUAACUUGAAGUUUGAUGUCAUUGAUCUGAGAUGAUUCGGAUCAUUGAUUAAUGAUUUGAAAAUAGUACAUCUUUCAUCCAUGAUGCUUGUUUGUUGUGCCUUCGCAAUGUUGGUUGGUCUACGAGAUGUCAAUACAUAAUCCUUGAAUACUCAAUUUGAAAGUUGUUAACGGGUAACUCUUCAAGCUGCAGCUUGCGUGCAGGUGAAGGUUGUAAGAGGUUCAUGCCUGGCAUUCUUGCAGAUAUAAUAGAACUGCAUCAUUGAAUUUAUAUAAUUAAAACCAACUGUGUAAAUAGAAAUUCCUUUUCAGGCAUCAUCGUGUGUAAACUUGAAAAAUGGUCAAAACUAUUGACGUUAUAGUUGUUGACUUGUAACUGUGCAUCAGUUGUCAUAUCUACUUUGUGAAUAUAGUUUUGUUGGUUCAGAAUA